UCAAGGAGGAGGAUUCGGCCCUUUCCCCCAAACACUGGACCCUUUCCUUUUUUUCUUUUUCUCUUCUUUUCCUCCCGAGCACUACUCCGCCCUUUGUCGCUGGGAAUACGCGAAAGAACAACGCUACCAUGUCGACACCACCACCGGACUUUUCUCCAGUGACCCAGGUCCUGAACGCUGGAGCUCAGCCUGCACCACCGGAGCAGAAGGUCUCGGAAGAACAGUUCAAUUCGAUGCAUGCGUCCUCAGUCACCUAUCGGGAUCUCUUGAUCUUUGAAGAGCGGCUUAAGCUGAACCUCACACGACUCAAGAAACGGCAGCAGAAAUAUGAAGCGUUCCUGGGGUCGUUGAUUGUAGUGAUCGCAUAUUGUGCGUUUGCGACGUUCUAUAAGCCAAGUCAGACGUAUUAUAUCCAUUUGCUGCACAAGUUCUUCUUACUCCUGUCCGCGACGACGAUGUUUCUCUUUUUCGCGACUGGGAUGUAUUCUGAGAAAUUGGGACACUCGUUAAAGUUUGUCCCGCAAUGCAAUAGAGUGCUUCGGACGUUCAAUAUGCACUUCAACCGUGACAACCGACCCGAAUUAUCAUUCUUCCGCAAAGUACCCAAAAAAUUCCAGGAGGGCUUCACGGCCUACAAGGCCAGUUAUUUCAAACGCAAGUCCGAGAAGCGAGCGGCAGCUUUGGCUGCCAAGGCUGCAGGUGGUGCCAGUUCCGGGGCGACUAUGAGUAGAUCGGCGAUUGGACAAGGCGGUAGGAGGUUACAGCCUUCGUCUAGAGGGAGGAGGAUCCCAGGAGGAGGGGGUGGUGGAUCUGCUUCGGGGUCGGAUUCAGGAGCGAGGCCGAUAAUGGGGCUGUCGUCAUUGACGAGGCCACCUAUUAGACCAAAUUCAAACUCGGUGACUUCGGCGACUUCGGUAGCGUCGUCGAUAGGAUCGGAUAGGGGUUCAAACGCGACAGCAUUGGGCAAUAGUCGCCAUAGAUCCGAGUUGACCAAUAGAUAUUGACCCACAGAAGGAGCAAUUGAAGUAGAACGCGUAAUGUGGUGUACCCAUGUAAAUCUUUUUUUCACGGAU